GCCCGACUUAAAGCAGCGCGUCGUCCAGUGUUGAUGUGUCGCAGAUUUUAAAAAGUGAGGCAGACAGGCGUGCAGCAGGAGUUUGGAGCGAGCGCAGCUCUGAGGCUCACAGUGGAAGAGCGACGGCGGUGAAACUUUAACGGCGAUUCUCUUUCUUUUUUUUCCACCCACCGCGCUGUUUUGUUUUUUUUAUUUGCGCACUUUAAUUUAAACAGCACACUCACAUUUACACAGCACGGCGCGCAGCGAUGGAGCUGUCAUCGAUAGGAGACCAAGUGUUUGCAGUGGAGUCGAUAACUAAGAAGAGAGUGAGGAAGGGUAAUGUGGAGUAUCUGCUGAAAUGGCAGGGAUGGCCCCCAAAGUACAGUACUUGGGAGCCAGAGGACAAUAUCUUGGACCCACGUUUGGUCCUGGCCUAUGAAGAAAGUCAGGAGAGAAUCCGAGCUUUGGCCUAUCGCAAGAAAGGUCUCAGACCCAGGAGAGUCGUGCUUCGGAACAUCUUUCCCAUGGACCUGCGCAGCACCAACAAGGUUGGAGAGAAGCCUCCGCCCAGGCUGCGUCUCUCUCUCACGCGCUCCAUGAGCACAGAUGUGGACCAAGGCGAGCGGAGCAGCAUAUACCAUCGCUCUAUCAUGAGGAAGAGCAAGCAGAGAUUGGCCAAACGGGGGCCCAUUGGACUCUCAAAAAAACCUGUCCGCACGCUGAGGAAGAGGGAGGAGGCCACUGAGGAGGACUGGAGCAGCAACAGUGAGGAGGAGAAGCAGGAGUCUGAGAGCACCACAGAGGAGAGACGUGAUGACAGUUUAUAUGGUCAGUCAGAGUGCAGCUCUCCACCCAUGCUGGAGCGACACGACUUGGAGAUUGAGGUGGAGGAGAAGGUGGACGGCAGCCUGACUCUGGUGAGGAGCUCAGAGACAUGGACCGACCUAUCAAAGGGAGGAUCAUGUGAAAAAAGACAGAGCCAGACAUUUGCGUGUGACCAAUUAAAGAACGGCACCUCAGUGACUGUGGCCAGACCAGGAGAUGCAGUUACCGUCAGCGACAGGUCAGAGUGGGACACAGGUGAGGACGACUUGAAAUCAGGGUCCAAAUGUCCCAGAUUAGAGCGAAAUAACACAACCACAGUGAUAGUGAGCAUUCAGGGGAGCAGCGAGACGGCGGGCGCUGCCGCUGCCACCGCCACCUGCUCCACCGCUGAGGUGAGGAGUGAGGAGGAGAGAGGAGACAAUCAGAGUGUCACAGAGACAACACCAGGCAGUCAGUCCACUCCUGCUACUCCAGAGCGUCCUGGCAAGGUGAUCGUGACAGAUGUGACUAUCAACUCACUGACGGUGACUUUUAAAGAAGCCAUGGUGGCUGAAGGCUUCUUUAAGGGCUAUUGAAGGACGACAAUGAGAAAUCAAAAACAAACCGUUGUUAUCAGACUCAUUUUCUACAUAAAUAUGUAAAUAGUUGUAUGUAAAAAAAAAAAUGAUUCCACAUUUACAAAACUACACUCAUUUCCUACUGAGUUCACUGAAGACAUUGCCUUUGAAUAAUUAAAAAUGAUUUUUAUCA